AUGUCCCGAGACGCGUCUGACACCAUUUUCAUCGGCAAUCUGCCAGGAGACGUUCGUGAGAAGGAGCUGGACAGUCUGUUCUCGAAGUACGGUAGAAUCAACAAGGUCGACGUCAAGUCCGGACGUGGUGGCGCCGCUUUCGGCUUCGUCCAGUUCAGCGAUUCGAGAGACGCCGACGACGCAGUCCGCGGUCGUGACGGCUACGAUUUCGACGGCAAACGAAUUCGUGUCGAGCUGACACGUGGAUCGGGACCACGCGGUCCGGGCGGCCGACCAGUCCGCGAUGGCUACGAUCGUGGAUACGACCGGCGAGACGACGGAUACGGUCGUCGUCAAUCGCACGGACCGCCACGUCGCAGUGAGAAUCGAGCCAUUAUUGAGGGAUUACCACCAACUGGAUCGUGGCAAGACAUCAAGGAUCAUUUGAAGUCGGCUGGUGAUAUCUGCUACGCGGACGUCGGCCGUAAUGGAGAUGGAAUCGUUGAGUUUGAGAAACAUGAGGAUAUGAAGUACGCGAUCAAGAAGUUCGAUGACACCAAGUUCACUUCUCAUAAGGGUGAAACGGCGUACAUUCGCAUCAAGGAGGACAAGGGCAACUCCAAUUUCGUCUCUCGUCCACCACGUGACAAUCGUCGUGGAGGCGGUGGGCGUCGUUCGAGAUCUCGUUCCCGCUCUCGUUCCCGCUCACCGAUCGCUCGUCGUCGCUCGCCAUCUCGCUCUCAAUCCCGUUCCUCGUCUCGUGGAUCGCGAAAGUCUCGCUCUCGCUCAGCGUCCAAGUCUCCAGUGAAGGCGUCAGCAGGGCGUAGCCGCUCGAAUUCGGCCGGUUCGUCACCACCACGACGCGGGGGUCGUAGUCCAAAUCGUCGUCGUUCUCCGGUUCCAGAUGAGCCACGUCCGACUUCUGGAUCGCCGGGAAGAUCGAGAUCCGGGUCGCCGGCUGGGUCUCGUGGUGGAUCUCGCUCCAGAUCCCGUUCGCCAGCGUCCAACGCUUCGUCGCCACGUCGUUAA